UAACUUUUCAUUUCCCUCUUCAGUAUUCUCUCCCCUUCUCUGUCUCUCUCGUCAAUAUGAGUGUGUGCAACUGUGCAAGGGCUCUCAAGAAAGAAAAUUGCCUUGGGAGAAAAAAGACAGCCAUUGAACAGCUACUUGAAAUAGAUGGCGCUAUAGAUUUCUUUUUGAUGACUGCCUCCAUGAAUGUCAAUUGGGAAGGCAGCUCCACAGAUAUUGAAAGGCACAAACUAACUGUAAUUGCAGCAGCCGUAAACCGGCAGUUUGAAAUGAAACUUGAUUGCUUCGACGUAAGAUUAACGUGGGCCAAACUCCGGAACCGCUGGGAAACCUGGGUCCGUGCGACCCAUUAUGUGCCUCCCAAAAAGGUUAAUCCUACCACUGGAGAAAUCAAUAUUGAUGACUUCGCCUGGGAUCAAUUAGUGAGGGUAGUUCCGGGCGCGGAAAUUUUUCGAAGGAAAAAAAUGAUUUCGCCAAACAUGGUUUGCACGGUUUUUAACCGUACUCCACCGUCGCUAGCGCCCGAAGAGUUACCAUCAAGGGUUCGCCUGAAUAUGUCAUUAGCAUCUAAAAUGAGGGGAAAAUCUACCGAAGAGGAAGAAUUGAAUGCUUGUAUGGACGAGGUCUACAAAAUUGACAAAUUGAAGAUUUCUGAGAAUUAUGUUUAUUUUUGUUUUGCACUUUUUAGAGAAGGUGAAUUCCGGCGUUGUUUUAAUUUACUUCCCAACAAAACUUUGAAGUAUGAAUAUAUUGUUCUGCAAUAUAAUCUGAAUUUUGAAGUUUGA